AAGGAGAAGCGGAGCCAUGAUGGAUGAGACGGAGAAGUACAAACAGCGGCUGGAGGCAAUUGCUGAGAAGCGUCGGUUGCAGGAAGAGGAGGACAAAGCCAGGAGAGAGAUGGAGGAUGAGAAGCUCAGACUACAGCAGCUCAAGAGAAAGUCUCUGAGAGACCAGUGGCUGAUGGAAGGAGCACCUUUGUCCCCGACGUCCCCGGACGCCCAGAGAUCUCGCUCCCCUCUGUGGGGCUCCCAGGCUCAGGAGAUGGAAAAACACAUAGACAAGUUGGAGUCAGAGAGUCAGUGGCUGCCAGAGGAGGAGGAGAAGCUGAAGGAGCAGAUGGAGGAUGGCCAAACUAAGGCAGUGAAGGUGGCAGAAGCCGGUCCAGAAAUAAUCCAGGAUGCUGUUUUGAGGAACGGUGACAACAAUGCAAUAGGAUUGGAAACAGCAGAAAAAACAGACCAAAGCUCACUGCUGGAUCAAACUUCAGCUGUCUUAACCAAUGGAAGAGGAGAUUUAGAAGCAGCCACCAAUGACAGCGUUUCAGAUGACGGUUGUCAGCCCACCACCAACGGACAUAUUGUAGUCUCCGAGGAUGUCACGAACAUGGAGAUGAACUUAAGCCUGGGCGAGGCUGCAAAUGACAACCUUAAAGACGAGGAGGAAGAGGAGAGCACUCUGGUGAUGAGAGCAGAACGUGUGAUCAUAACAGAUGAAGGGGAUGAUGUUCCUGAGGAUCUUGCGCCCCAGGAAGAUCCACAGAACACCGCUGAGUCAGAGGAAACCCCUCUGAAGGUGGAACCAGGAGCAGCUGAGGAGGGAGGAGAAGCUGCAGAAGAGAACGAAGAGGAGGUGAUAAGAGCAGCUCAAGAAACUUCAGCGCAACCUGAGGCUUCUGCAGAGACGCAACCACACGCUGAAGAUGGAGCCACACAGGAGGAUGUGGGUACAAAUGAUGUAGAUUUGAAAGGUGAGGGACAAGGCAAUCCAUCAGAAGAUCCAACCUCUGUGCAGCUGCAGUGCCCGGCCGACACCCUAGAGGGCACCACAGUGGCUCCAGUACCAGUCUACUCCGAGGUGCAGGUGUCCGCUGUCACCCAGCAGCUGGAGGCAGAGGGUGAAACUGAAGAGUUAACGGAAGGAGCCGAGGCAGCGCUGCGUGACCGGGACCCUGCCUCUCUACCUGACCAGUUCCAGGAGGUUCCCCUGGCCGAUCCCCAGGUGAGCCAGAGGACAGAGGCAGGACCGGCGGAGCAGGAUCCCCUCCUGUCUCAGUCCAAAUCCCCCGACACUCAGGCGGAGUUUGCGGCAGCCAACAGCCCGGACAGCUCAUACACACAAGUACCGACCAGGGCCGCGCAGGGGGAGGACACCCAGUCACCCAAACGCAAGAGCUGCGAGUGCUGCUCGGUCAUGUAAACACCCCUUCUGUGCCUUCAUUAACUCUCCUCCUCUUCCCGGCCUGCAUCCUUCAGUCUGUCUCCCUGCUGUUACAUUCAGAAAACACUCAUCCCCUCUUUUUGUUUUACACCCCCAUUUUUUUUUUUUUUUUUUUUUAAUUAGUAUGUCCAAGAGCUACUUUCCUUUCUGUCUUACUUAUCUUGAAAUUCCCCUUAUCCCACUCUUGAGUUUUGAUACGCACCGGACUUGUUAAGUGCCUUGAGGAUCUCUUUACCGAGGACGAUUCUUAUUCCAACAACGAAGACCAAAAUAGGAGGUGUUGAUUUUAACACUAUUUAAGUUAGACUUAGUUUUUUCACGCCCAUUUUCAGGUUCAUAUACGGGAAGAUAAUAAACACAACAACAUGAGAUGUAUCAUUUUAAACAGUUGUAUCUACAUGUAUAACUCAGCGGGUUGUUUUUAUCUUGAAAGCAUAUUUAACCGUACAAUCCAAAGAUCUGGAGAGGUUCAGAGAGGACAUUGUUCUUAUUUAAUGAAUUUAAAACUAGUUAUUUGAAUGAUUUAGGUCUUUUAUUAGAGAUGUUUUCAAUCCGAGUUUAGAGCCUGAACAUUUGUAUUCACUCUGUAACACAAUACACAGACUUUACACAGACGUAUUGGUCAUUAACAACAGUGUGCACCACUGAAUAUUCUUAGGAUGUUAAGAAAUAGAGAUUAUUUUUAAAUACCUGAAAGUGUGACAUUUGUAUUCUUGCGAGAUGAGCUCAUGUGGAGAGGCUCCAGGGCUGUAGACUUCCUGUAGCUCUGUGUAUGGAUGUAUAUACUGUAUACAGGAACAAGUGGAAUCCAGAGUGUCUGUGAUGUCAGCUUUGAAAUGAUUGAUGAAUGGUUGAAUGAUUAAACUGACAUUUUAUGA